AUGUCCACGAGAGCUAAUCAGCAUAAGCUCAACGGUAAAGGCUCAUACGAUCUCCGUUUCUGCUCCUAUGAAGAUAGCAUCGCCGCUCUAGCAUACGGCAACGUGGCCACCGAUAACUCUUCCGAGGGCGAGGUCUGGCUCAACGUGACUGGGUUUGCUGUGGAUGAGCUUCCACACAUUCAGAACGAUGUGGGAAUUCACACAUUGGACAAUCUCGAGACACUCACUGCUAUUGCUGGCCUUGCCCAAGACGCGGCGAAGAGAGGUCAGUGGGGAGACAUUGUCUACUUGCAUAGUGCUUUCAGCAUGAAUGGCCACAUCGAUCAUCUCAAUGUUUCGAGUGUCGAGAUGCAGGAGGCACUCCUGGAUGCUGUUACAAACCAGACCAGCGGAGAAAUCAACUCCCCUUUGGUCGAGCUUUAUGCCAGCCAGUACCUCGAGCUCGACAUUCUUGGUUGA